CAGUAAACCUGGUCUGUCCGACUGGUUCGGUUCGGUUCGGUUCGGCUCCGUGAUAAUUCUUCAGUAAAUGAAUGGAAGUCAAAACAACAACAACAACUGCACAGAGCGCUGUACGCGCGCUCGUACGCGUGCACGGCGGAGGGCUGGCUCUGUGAGCUGUUAAAGUGCGGAGCUCCGUUCUGGACCUUCCCCUCGCCUCCAGUCACACAGACGCGUCACCAGCAGCCUGCUGUGAUUCGGUUCGGAUGUUUGGACUCCGCUGCUUCAGGCUCCGAGUCUCUCUGAGCAGGAACUGAUCUGGAACCAGCACCAGCACCAGCAGCAGUACCAGCACCAGCAGCAGUAGUACUAUUAGCGGUAGUUCUCCAGCUCCGCUCCCCCGCUGUGUGUGCGCCCCCGACGCGCUCCUUCUGCUCCGGGAUGGACUCGUCUCCGGCUCCUCGUCUUCACCUCCGGCGCUGACUGUGACGCUGGUCGGAGUUCGUGUGGAAGAUUCGGAUCUGUUCUCGGCUUUAUCUCCUCCUUUUUCACCUCUUUCUUCCCUGAGCUGCACCUCCACCAUGGGGAGGUCUGUGCGUCUGCAGCUCCUGCUCUGCUCCCUCCUCACCGGCUUCAUGUGCCACGGCGUCGCCUUCCUGGAGGAGCCCUCCGCCGGCGGCCGGUCGGACGGCUACUGCGGGCGGAUCCUGCGGGCGCAGACCCAGGGGACGCGCAGGGACGGGCACCACGAGUUCAGGCUGAGGGUGGAGGGAGACCCGGAGAACUACCAGCCCGGCAGCACCUACAGAGUGGUCCUGCUGGCAACCAGCCCUGCUUACUUUAGAGGUUUCACCCUCAUCGCUCUGAGGGAGGGCAGGGAGGGCACCAGGGACGAGGACUACGCCGGACAGUUCCAGAUCAUCGACGAGGACGACACUCAGUUCAUGACCAACUGUCCUCCUGCAGUGACGGAGAGCACGCCUCGCAGACGCACCAGGAUCCAGGUGUUCUGGACAGCGCCACCUGCUGGGACCGGCUGUGUGAUUCUGAAGGCCAGUAUCGUCCAGAAGAGAGUCAUCUAUUUCCAGGAAGAAGGUUCUCUCACCGUCCGACUCUGUGAGAAAGAGCCGGCGUUGGACGGAGCCACAGAAACUCCGGCCUUGGAAUGCUGCGCCUGCGGAACGGCCAAGUACCGACUCACCUUCUACGGCAACUGGUCGGAGAAAGUUCAUCCAAAAGACUAUCCACGUCGCGCAAACCACUGGUCAGCUCUGAUUGGUGCGUCCCACUCCAGGAGUUACGUGCUGUGGGAGUACGGUGGCUACGCUAGCGAAGGAGUCCGACAGGUGGCAGAGUUCGGUUCGCCCAUCAAGAUGGAGGAAGAGAUUCGACAAAAGGGUGAUGAGGUUCUGACGGUCAUUAAGACCAAGGCUCAGUGGCCGGCGUGGCAGCCCCUCAACCUACGCGCCGCUCCGUCGGCUGAGUUCUCCGUGGACCGCAGCCGUCACCUCAUGUCCUUCCUCACCAUGCUGGGGCCCAGUCCGGACUGGAACGUGGGUCUGUCCGGAGAGGACCUGUGCACCAAGGAGUGUGGCUGGGUGCAGAGGCUGGUGACCGACCUGAUUCCCUGGGACGCCGGAACCGACAGCGGAGUCACGUACGAGUCACCCAACAAACCCGCCAUCCCUCAGGAGAAGAUCCGACCCCUGACCAGUUUGGACCAUCCCCAGAGUCCAUUCUAUGACCCAGAGGGCGGAGCCAUCAACCCGGUGGCGAGGCUGGUGGUAGAGCGCAUCGCCAGGAAGGGUGAACAGUGUAACGUGGUCCCAGACACCAUCGACGACAUCGUGGCUGAUAUCGGACAGGAGGAGAAGGACGAAGACGACACGCCGGAGACCUGUAUCUACUCCUCCUGGUCUCCGUGGUCGGCCUGCAGCAGCGCCACCUGUGACAAAGGUCGCAGGAUGAGGCAGAGGAUGUUGAAGGCCCAGCUGGACCUCAGCGUACCCUGUCCACACACUCAGGACUUCCAGCCCUGCAUGGGACCAGGGUGCAGCAUGGAGGGUAAAACACACACACACACACACACACACACACACACACAUCUGCAGAACGAGGAGACGGAGAAGUGUGUGGUCAACGACGAGUGCUCGCCCAGCAGCUGUGUGGUGACAGAGUGGAGGGAGUGGGACCCCUGCAGCGCCACCUGUGGGCAGGGCAUGCGACGACGUGAGCGCAUGGUGAAGAUGCCCCCCAUCGACGGAUCCAUGUGUAAAGUGGAGGUGGCCGAGGUGGACAAGUGCAUGAUGCCCGAGUGUCACACCAUACGCUGCAUGUUCUCGCCCUGGUCGGACUGGAGCGACUGCAGCGUGACCUGCGGCCGCGGGCUGAGGACGCGUCAGAGGAUGCUGAAGUCCGAGCCGUCAGCAGAGUGCGCCGAAGAGCUGGAGCAGACGGAGAAGUGCAUGCUGCCCGAGUGUCCCGUGGACUGCAUGCUGUCCGAGUGGUCCGAGUGGUCCGAGUGCAACAAGUCCUGCGGUAAAGGUCACACCAUCAGAACCCGCAUGGUCAAACUGGAGCCGCAGUUCGGCGGCGUCCAGUGUCCAGAGACCAUCCAGAGGAAGAAGUGCAAGAUCAGGAAGUGCCGAACCAAACAGAAGGAGGAGAGGGGAGGAGGAGGAGGAGGAGGAGGAGGAGGAGGAGGAGGAGGAGGAGGGGGGAGGAGCUGUUUGUAG